CCCGCAGCCGCCUAGGCCUGGCUCCCCGCGCUCACAGCCAGUCCGCGGGCGGAGCCGCCAGGAUGUGGGUCGUGUUGCCGCUGCUGUGCGCGGCCGCGGGGCUCCUAGGACCCCCGGCCUGCGGCGCCACCGACGUCUACGCGAGCUCCUUAGAGAAAGUUCACUUUAAGUCAUGGAUGGCGCAGCACCAAAAGAAAUACAGCUCAGAGGAGCACCAGCACAGGCUGCAGACCUUUGUCAGCAACUGGAGGAGGAUAAGGGCCCACAACGCUGGGAACCACACAUUUAAAAUGGGGCUGAACCAGUUUUCCGACCUGAGCUUUGCGGAAAUAGAAAGCAAGUACCUUUGGUCGGAGCCUCAGAACUGCUCCGCCACCAGAGGUAACUACCUUCGGGGGAGGGGUCCCUACCCGCCCUCCGUGGACUGGAGGAAGAAAGGAAAGUUCGUGUCGCCAGUGAAAAAUCAGGGCGGCUGUGGCAGCUGCUGGACGUUCUCCACCACGGGGGCCCUGGAGUCCGCCAUCGCCAUCCAGACUGGGAAGCUGCUGUCUCUGGCGGAGCAGCAGCUGGUGGACUGUGCCCAGGACUUCAACAAUCACGGUUGCCAAGGGGGCCUCCCCAGCCAGGCCUUCGAGUACAUCCGCUACAACAAGGGCAUCAUGGGGGAAGACAGCUACCCCUACAAGGGCCAGGACAGUGACUGCAAGUUCCAGCCCAGCAAGGCCAUCGCUUUCGUGAAGGAUGUGGCCAACAUCACCAUCAAUGAUGAGGAGGCCAUGGUGGAGGCCGUGGCCCUAUACAACCCCGUGAGCUUCGCCUUCGAGGUCACCAGUGACUUUAUGAUGUACAGGAAAGGUGUCUACUCCAGCACUUCCUGUCAUAAAACUCCGGAUAAAGUAAACCACGCGGUCUUGGCUGUUGGGUACGGAGAGCAAAACGGGAUACCCUACUGGAUCGUGAAGAACUCUUGGGGUCCCCAGUGGGGGAUGAAUGGGUACUUCCUCAUCGAGCGCGGGAAGAACAUGUGUGGCCUGGCAGCCUGUGCCUCCUACCCCAUCCCCCUGGUGUGAGCGGCACGGGCGGGGUCCACGGUGGAAGUCCUGCCCUGAAGGAAGGCGGGCCCUUACCCCCAUCCGGGGCCAGAGGCCGUGAGGAAAUGAGGAAGAGGAGUCCCCUGUCCCCCAGCAACAAGCCUCCUCGAACGUGCCUUUAACUCACUCAAACCCACGUGGCCGAGAAUAUACCUGAUUUCCCACAGGGACCGCUUCUCCUGAGUGGAGAGCACCCAGGGCCAUCGUUUCUGUGAUCUUUAUCCAAUAAACACGUGGUGAACUCCU